GGGGAGAGAGGCGCUUUUAGGAACGAGACGUUUAAAGAUGGCGGCGGCGCAGGGCGAGCGGCUGGUCUGAGGGGGGCAAAGCUGAGGCGGCUGAGGAAGAGCGAAAGAACCGAAGACGCCUCCGGCGCGUUCCUUCCCCUCGCCUCGGAUAGGUGGCGGGCGGAGGCAGCUACAAAACUAAUCAAAACAAAAAGGGGCGAGCCGUAGAGGAGCGACUGCAGGGGAACUCCGGGCAUGGCCCAGGUUGAAAGAAGACAAGGACACCUGCAUGCGGCCAGUGAAGAUGCUCUGUACUUCGACUUCAGCUAUUUAAGCUGAAUGCAUUGUGAUUUCCAGUAAUUGAGACAGUGAUUCUGAAAGCUGUCUACAUUAAUGAAAAGAACAAUGUAGUCAGCUUAACUGAAUCAUCAGUGUUGCAUAUUGAAUAGAGCAUGACAAAAACCUUUCCUGAUGGACUUCUGCAUGUUAGGAAUAUAGAUUAUAUACUUUAAAGCCUUGUUUUUUUUAAAAAAACGUUUUAAUUAUGGAGACGUAUGAAAAUGCACCUCCCCUUCCAAAAGAGCCAGCAACAGAAGUGAAUGUGGAGAAUGAUUCUUGUCCCCCACCACUGCCGCCUAAUGAACAGCCUCCACCACCUCCCCUGCAAACGUCCAGUGACGCAGAGGUAAUGGACGUUGGCUCUGGUGGUGAUGGACAGUCAGAUACCCCUGCUGGGGACGCGCACAUUGUCAGCAGAACGCAGCUUCUCACAAAGGGAUCUUCAUGCUACAAAAGUCGUCUUAUUGUAGAGCCUAAUAGCGACCAAAGUCCAAGAACUGCUCGUCAUGCGCCUUCAGUUAGAAAGUUCACCCCUGAUCUUAAGUUGCUUAAAGAUGUGAAGAUUAGUGUUAGCUUUACAGAAAGCUGCAAAAGCAAAGACAGAAAAGUUCUGUACACUGGAGCUGAGCAAGGUUAUGAGACAGAUUCAGGUUUAGGUGUUAAUAAUGUCAAUGGUGAUAUGCAUGUUUGUCCUUUUGGGGGUAGUAAUGGUCAAGCUGUUCGGGUAGCUGGUGAAACCGACGACAAAAAAGAUGAUGAGAAUGAUGUAGAUCAAGAAAAGCGAGUGGAGUAUGCAGUUCUGGAUGAUUUAGAAGACUUUACUGACAACUUGAUGGAAAUAGAUGAAGAAGGAGGGUUUACAUCUAAAGCGAUUGUUCAGAGUGACAAAGUGGAUGAAGAGACCUUGAACUAUUCUUAUGAGGAUGAAUUUGAUAAUGAUGUGGAUGCUCUGCUGGAAGAGGGCCUUUGUGUUCCCAAGAAAAGGAGAAUUGAUGAGAAAUAUGCAGGGGAGAGUGACCAUCAGUCUGAUGGGGAGACAAGUGUGCAACCCAUGAUGACCAAAAUAAAAACUGUUCUUAAAAGCCGUGGCCGCCCUCCUACAGAGCCCUUGCCUGAUGGAUGGAUCAUGACAUUCCAUAACUCAGGCAUUCCUGUAUAUCUCCACAGAGAAUCCAGAGUUGUUACCUGGUCCAGACCUUACUUCUUGGGAACAGGAAGUAUAAGGAAACAUGACCCUCCUUUGAGUAGCAUUCCUUGUUUGCAUUACAAGAAGAUGAAGGAGAACGAGGAACGGGAACAAAAUAAUGACAUAACACCAAAUGGCGAAGUAUCACCUAUAAAACUCAUGGAUAAGUCUUUAGAAUCAGAGUGCCAAGCAGAGGAGCCAGACUCCACGGGUGCUGAUUCAGGGACUUUAGAUGAGAAAGACCCUUCUGGGGGAGAUGCAGCACAAGGAGCCUUAGGUCAAGUUAAGGCCAAAGUGGAAGUGUGCAAAGACGAAUCAGUAGACCUGGAAGAUUUUAGACAUUACCUUGAAAAGCGUUUUGAUUUUGAGCAAGUAACUGUAAAAAAGUUCAGAACCUGGGCAGAGAGGCGGCAGUUCAACCGUGAGAUGAAGAGAAAACAGGCAGAGUCUGAGCGGCCCAUUCUACCAGCCAAUCAAAAGCUGAUUACUUUGUCUGUACAAGAUGCACCUACAAAGAAAGAAUUUGUUAUUAAUCCCAAUGGGAAGUCUGAAGUUUGCAUCCUGCAUGAAUAUAUGCAACGGGUCCUAAAGGUUCGCCCUGUUUACAUUUUCUUUGAAUGUGAGAAUCCAAGUGAGCCUUUUGGAGCCUCUGUUGUUAUUGAUGGAGUGACGUAUGGAGCGGGAACUGCAAGCAGCAAAAAACUUGCCAAGAAUAAAGCUGCCCGAGCAACACUGGAAAUCCUCAUUCCUGACUUUGUUAAGCAGACCUCUGAGGAGAAGCCCAAAGACAGUGAAGAACUAGAGUAUUUUAACCAUAUCAGUAUUGAGGACUCACGGGUAUAUGAACUGACCAGUAAAGCUGGACUCUUGUCUCCAUAUCAAAUCCUUCAUGAGUGCCUUAAAAGAAACCAUGGAAUGGGUGAUACAUCCAUAAAGUUUGAAGUGAUUCCUGGUAAAAAUCAGAAGAGUGAAUACGUCAUGACAUGUGGGAAGCACACAGUACGUGGCUGGUGUAAAAAUAAGAGAGUUGGAAAACAGUUGGCAUCUCAGAAAAUCCUACAGCUGCUUCACCCACAUGUGAAAAACUGGGGCUCGUUAUUGCGCAUGUAUGGUAGAGAGAGCAGUAAGAUGGUGAAACAGGAAACGUCCGAUAAAAGUGUGAUAGAGCUUCAGCAGUAUGCCAAAAAGAACAAGCCAAAUCUACACAUUCUGAACAAGUUACAGGAAGAAAUGAGGAAGCUGGCGCAAGAAAGGGAGGAAACACGAAAGAAGCCCAAGAUGACGAUUGUAGAAUCAGCUCAACCUGGUAGCGAGCCUCUCUGCACAGUGGACGUGUGACCAGAAAACAUAAAACAGUUGGGGAGCAAUAAACAAGUGGCAAGAGCUAGUUUUUUCCAACUAUUAUUUAAGAAUUGGUUUGCUUCAGAAUGCAAAAUAAUGUAAUAGUCCAGGCUGCUUCAAAUAUGCAUUGUUUUUCAUCAGGGCAAUAGUACUUUGAGUUUUUUCUUUAGCUUUUCACCUCUGAGAGAUACACUUAACACAAGAGAGCAAAAAUCUCUGCUUGAACCAAUGCACAGAGGGGCAAACAGGCACAUACAGAGGAUAAGCUGAAGCAAUGCCCCCCCCCCAGUUAUACAUGCUGUCUUGAAUGGAUGUGUUUAAGUAUGAAAUUCAGAAUGUCUAUAUAAAUGGUGGAAUGAAUGUAUUAAGAUAGGAGUAUAACUGUACAUGCUCUUGUAUGAACAUGCUGUCAACUGUUUUUCAGAAGAGCUCUGCUGCCUUUCAGCACAUAACAUGCACUGAUAAAGACACUUUUUGACAACUGCGUUGAAAAAGUAAUGUUCCUCUUGCCAGAAAGGUUAGGCGAGUAGCACAGCUUUCUUGUACUGCGGCAAGCUUUAGAUUUCUGACAUCCUUAAAGAGGAAGGGUACCCAACAGCAGUAAGUCCACCUUUUAACUGGGGUAUCUCCCCCUCCCCCUUUCUAAAGCAUAGGAAGCCAUGCUUGUUUUACAUGCAAGACAAAUUAAAAGAGUACAUGGGCUAUUCCAUUUCCCCCCUAUAGUUAAGUUCAACCCAUGGCUUUGGGUGGGACUGACGAAGCACCCUGCAUUCCUUCAGUCCUAUGCAUUUGGUGAGACUUGUGGAAGAAUCUUCCACAAAAUUGUAUGGCCCGUGUUUGGUGUCUUGCCUCCCGAGUCAUUCUUAAAACUCUCAGUGAAAAGUUAUCUAAAAUAUACUGACAGUACAACACUUGAACAGAAAUUCAGUCCCACCCUUCUGGCCACUAUAGUCUUAAUCUGAUUGUAUUGAAUCAGGACUUCAGGCUCUUGCUUUAUGUGAGCUUUAAGAAAAAGACAAAUUCUGUUUUGUGGCCUACUAGUGCUCAUUUAAAAAAAAAAUCACUGGAUUAACCUUUAAGCAUUAUUUUUAAAACUUGUCACAGGUUUUGUUUUUACUAAAUGAUUAACAUUGGCAGAGUAAUUUCUACUAUGGAAACUAUUAGAAUGUAAAUUUGGGAUACAUCAGAGGACGGGAGACUUUCUAAACAAGUUGUAUUAAGAUGAAAUAAAGAACACAAAUAUGCAAA